GCUGAGCUGUGUAAACGAAGGCAGUUGAUUUUGACUGUGAAUUGCACUGUUUGUGACACUCCCUGUUCAUAACGUCAGUAUGAAUCGUCGCGACCUCACUUUAUAGUUAUGUCCCAUAAAUUUCACGUUUGGAAACUUUUUUAAUUUGCGCCUUGAGUUAUGGCCGCCGCAAGAGCAAAGUCAUUCCGUCGGACGGGGAGUCUGAUGCGGAGCAAAUCAGAGGGAACUUUGAUUGAUCUGGAUGACAAUGUUACCAUCAACAACAACAACAACAACCUCUAUGGCAGUGGCCUUUCUAAUCAGAUGACUAAACAUUAUGAAUGGCCCAUCCUGCAGCCAGAAGUCCAACACCCAAACAAACAAACAACAAACCCCUUCUGGAGUAAACUCUCAGGCUCAAACCCUUUCUUAGAUGACAUUGUUCUCUCCAACAAUGAUGUGUCCGUUCUGAAAGAGGACCCUUCUGCUGAUUUUGGUGGUGACAAUGAGGAUUCCAUCAGUUCAUCUUCAGAUGAAAAUAAUUUUGGUCAUCUUUUAGAACCCAAACGGAAGUCUUUUAAACAAUCUGCGAAGUGGCGAAGUGCUUCUGACAUUCUUGAUGGCUUGGAGAAGAAGCAGCCUAGGAGAGAGGGAAAACUUGGUUCUUCUGGACCAUUUCUCAACCCUGACUUUGAAUGGCUGAAGAAUGACCGAGAGGCCUAUAAGAUGGCCUGGCUGAGUCACAGACAGCUUACACGAUCCUGCCUGGACCUAGGAGUGAUGAGCCAAAGCCCAGGCUGGGCACAGACUCAGGCUGCAGACUCACAUAUCUUGUGUAAGAUUGGUCACAGUGGUGGCUCUGUACAGUUGCCAGACUCAGACAUCAGCGUCCACAUACCACAGGGUCAUGUAGCGCCAGGGGAGAUUCAGGAGAUUGCUCUUAAAGCCAACAUGGAUCCACCCAAAGGCCUUAACAGCAACUACAUGACCACUGUGACUCCGCUGUUUGAGUUGAGUCUCAGUAACCUCAACAUAAAGGAGGGGAUCUCGUGUGAGAUGAAGAUGGCGGCCGAGGUGAAGAAAGAUCCACUAUGCCAGGUGAUGACCACGUUUGUGGGGCUUGUUGCACACAAGAAAGAAGGACCCUAUCAGAAGGUCACUGACUGUUAUGUCUAUGGAAAUAUGUUGCAGAUGAAGCUGCAAGACUUGAAGCCCCAUCUUUACGUCAUUGCAGCCGCAGAGGCCUCGGUUGUCCAGCCUCCUGCUACUUCAGUUUGGGACUACCUGAAUCGUCAGGUCACAGUAGCAGUUUAUGGGCCCAAGCACAUACAUCCGUCUUUCAAAGUAAUCGUGGUAAUCUCCUGUCACAAGAAGGUUCCACCAAGGCUUCCAUAUUCAGACAUGACUAGGGGCAGUAGAAACUUACCACCUCUUGUUCUGCACCUGUGGGGGAAGCAUGACUUCAAUCCAGAUGGGUUUAAAGACUUGCAUAUUCAAACCAGUGUCAUUGAGUCAGAGUUUGUAGUAAAAGCCACGGAUCAAAUCAAGGAAGUGAAACAGGAUCAGCUCAGACAAGGAAGAGUUAUCCAUUUGCCUCUAGAGCUUUCGAAGUCUGACAGUGGUGAACUCGGACCAUUUGUCCUCAACAUCCAGGUGAAGAGCUCGGAAGGUGUGUCUGUGGUGGGCUUCACUGCCGAUUCUCCCGCUCCUCUUAGGACUGAAAAGCAAGCCAAAAGACGAGUGAACAAACAGCGCGACGAAGUGACCCGUUCGGUACCUAUCCCAGAGGAAGCAAUUCCAGAAUUGCCCAAAUUUCAGCAGCGGUCAGUGAAUGUGCAGUGGUAUGGUGUGGCACUGAAAUCGGUGUUGCGCCAGCCAAGGGUGGAAUAUCUCCUGGAGUACUUCAAAGGUGACACUGUAGCUCUCGUCUCAAGAGAGAAAGUAAGGUCCGCGGGCCAGUCCAAAGUUAAAGAGUGGUACAUAGGCUUUCUGCGUGGCCGUCUCGGACUGGUGCACAGCAAAAACAUGAAGGUCAUCACCAGAGACCAGGUCAUUGACCUCGCUGGGAUCAAGAUCACCACACAGAACUUGCUGGAUAACAUGACCCUUCCGUUUAAGAAGCUGACGUACAUGUACUCUGCCAUUCAAAAUGCGGUCACUGAGCAGAUAACGAGCUGGAGGACUUUUGCCCAAGCUCUGGGCUACUCGCAGGAGACGCUGGAGACGAUAGUGCGAAGGCACGCCGAGACCGAGGCCGAGAAAGUAGCCUGUGUGCUAGAGAAGCUGAAGGAGGAUUGCCACACGGAUAAACAUCGAUUGAAAUUUCAGUAUGAGCUGAUAAAUGGGUUGUUAAAGAUGGAUGCCCAGGGCUUGGCGGCUAACCUCAUCCAGAACACAGUGAUUCUGUCUACUGCUGUGGAACUUGGGGUGAGAUGGAGAGAGCUGGCAGAGCGGCUGGGACGCCUCUCUAGUGCCCAGAUCGCUGCCUAUGAGACACCACACAGAGGCAAGAAUGGAGAGGUCAGCGCCCAGUCAAUGUGGAAACCUGCGUAUGACUUCCUACAUUUGUGGAGCCUGCGGUAUGGGGAGGGCUACAGAGAUAUGAUCCAAGAUCUCCAUUUAGCUUUGGACAAGAUGAAGAGUCCGGUGACCAAGCAAUGGAGACACAUCACCGGUGCCCUCAUCACUGUUAACUGUAUGGAUGUCUUGAGAUCCUCUGCCUUCACAAAGCUGUAAGAAGCUGGGGAAGUUCCUGUGGAAGUGGGGUUCCAUAUGUAUGUCAGAGCUGGGAUAAGCAGAGUUGCCUGCAUGUUGUAUAGUGUCAAAUCUUGUUGGGGAACUCUUGUAAAAAAUCUGAAUUACAUAACUGUACUAUUAGAAGUUAUCCAAGAUAUUUCAAUCAUGGCAUUCUAUAUUCUGUUACAAGGGUUUGGCUGAACAAUGCAUUCCACUCCCACAUCUGUUACCUAUGAAUGUAUUUUAACACGCUAAUGUAUUUACUUCUAAUAUGAACAUGUCCUUAACCUUUAAUGUAGAUGUUUUUGUAAACAUUUGUUUGUUUAUUUCUAAUUAAUGUUAUAGUUUAUUUUAUGUCUUUGUUGCCCAUUAUUGUAGAAAAUGCACUUGCAUGAUGUUACAUUAUUUUGUAUAAUAGAAAAUAUGACUUACAGUUACACAGUGUGUUUUAUUAUGCCCAUUUGGUUUGAUGGUUACCAGCAGAAUUGAAUGUUGCUCUUAUCAUUUUGAUUCAACUUUUAUGCCAUUUUGAGUAAAGAACACAAUAAAUAUACCAUUAAUAAUA